CCAAAUUAAACCUCCGCACCAGCUUUCGUUCUACCCCAUAAAAAUGAGGCAGGAUCUUGUCCUCGCCGUUCUGACCGGAAUAUUCCUUUUCUCCGGCAGCCCACUCCCCGCUAAUGGGCUGCGUCAAUUUCCGAUCCCAAAUCUGAACUCCACAGAUUCCAUAUUUGGCGGCUCCAAGAAAUUCGAAGGUUCGUCGGAAUUUGUCCGGCUAAAAUACCACAUGGGUCCCAUCCUCUCCGCCGCCAUCACCGUUUAUCCCAUUUGGUACGGACGGUGGGAGAGGCCCCACAAGCGGGUCAUCCGGGAUUUCAUCGCCUCCAUUUCCGCCGCCGGCGUUAAGCGUCCCGCCGUUUCCGGGUGGUGGAAAACCGUCCUCCAAUACACCGACCGGACCGGAGCCAACAUAUCCCGGAAUGUCAUCCUCGGGUCGGAAAAAAACGACCGGUUUUAUUCCCACGGCAAGUCGCUGACCCGUUUGACUCUUCAGUCCGUUGUUAGAUCCGCCGUCACGGCGUCAACCCGGCCGCUACCGGUCAACCCGAAAAGCGGGGUGUACCUUUUGCUCACCGCCGAUGACGUGUACGUUCAGGAUUUCUGCAACAAUGUAUGUGGGUUCCACCACUUCACGUUUCCGUCCAUCGUCGGGUACACUCUGCCGUUUGCUUGGGUGGGUAAUUCCGGGAAGAUGUGCCCGGGUAUGUGCGCGUACCCGUUUGCUGUGCCCGAUUACAUUCCGGGUCUGAAGGCCGUUAAAUCCCCUAACGGAGACGUCGGGGUUGACGGGAUGAUCAGCGUGAUAGCUCACGAGAUAGCGGAGAUAUCGACGAAUCCGUUAGGUAACGCGUGGUACGCGGGUCCCGACCCGAGUUUCCCCGUGGAAAUCGCGGAUCUGUGCAUGGGAAUUUACGGCACCGGCGGAGGCGGGUCUUACACAGGGCAAGUGUUGAACGGCAGAGAUGGUGCCACGUAUAAUAUGAAUGGGUUAAGGCGGCGGUUUUUGGUCCAGUGGGUUUGGAAUCAUAUUGUUAACUACUGUACUGGCCCAAAUGCCCUUGAUUAAUGUACUCUUAUUAGGAUUUUUAAAUAAUUAAUACUCCUAAGGCCUACUAUAUUACGUACUAUACGUAGUACUGCUAUUUCUUCUGCUGCUUGCAUAUGGAUUCAGAUCCUCUGCCGCACGGCAGAGGUGCCUUGCGGCCACGGACGGCCAGAUGUGGAAGGAGGCGCCUCGAGAUGCGGUCCACCAAGAUCGGUUGCCGUUGGUUUCUUGAUCCGACGCCCCUAAUAGGCCGGGCACCCUACCUUGGUGCAAAGCAAGGCAGAGGUUCCGGAUCCAUAGGGUCCCUGGUAAUUGAUAAUUACGGAGCAAUUAAAAUCACAGUCAAACUUUCUCAAUCAAAUUU